GAAUCACCUUCCAUAUAGACUUUGAAUAUUCACCAUCAACUGGUCAUGAGUUUCGUCAUCAAUCUGGCAAAUCAAGUGUGUUUUAUUCACCACCAUACCCCAGCUAUGCAAACGGUUCUUUGUUGACAGCCUUCCCAAGAAUGCGAGCCAUUCUAUAAAUCCCCAUCUUCGAACGUGGUGGGUAAACCAUUCGCAUUUCGUCCAUGGGACAAUGGGAAAAACCUCCCUUAGCUCCUGCCAAGCAGAUUUUGUAUAAUAUACCUAUGAACUAUCCAAAACCCAUGUCACAGAAUCAAGAAUAUUCACAUUUGGCACUAGAUUAGGAUCAGUAUUUGCUAUAAUCUCGCUGGAAAUGGCACAUCUAGGCCUUGGCCACUUCCACAACCCAUUGUGAAUAAUUGAAGCAACCUUAUUAGUCAAAGAUCUCCCAACAUUGAAACCUGUAUAAUCUCCAAAUUUCUGGUAAAGAGGGCCAAGAUUAUGCAAUUAUCAUCCCACAAAUAAGUAGAGGCACCAUUACCUAUUACAUAUUUAAUCCAAGGCUGGACCACAACUCUAAGUUAGAAAAGUUUUCUAGUAGUCCAAGAAGCUUCAUUAGGAACCCUGGCUUGAGGUAAUAUGUCGUUACUUUGGUCCUUCAAAGUGUCGCGAGUCUUCUACUCACUAGCGGAUGCUGUAGUUAUUUUAUUUCUCUCUUGUUGGUCAUAAUUAAUUGUUGUUUUUCUUUGGUUAGGAUUAUGUAGGUGAUGAUUAUACUUGGUCACAUGAGUUACUAAACUAAUCUUCUCUGUUUGAACUUUGAACCUUUUCUCACAUCGCUUUGUAUAUGAUGUGAAUAUACUUGAAACACUUAUAGAUAGCACAAUUGCUGUUAUGAAGAAGAUGUCACCAUUGAAGAGAAAUUGUGCUACGCACCUCAUGAUGGAAUUGGCACAGUGCAAGUGCGCGUGCAUCUCUGAUACUCUGUUUUAUGAGUUCUGGAGGGACAUUGAUGUCUCGCGCCUGGAGGUGUUCAAUCUCGUCUCACCUAAUAGUUUAAUGCAGUUGCUUCAUGAUAUUCUUAACGCCAUGUUCAAUCUAUUAGAGUGGAGAAACCUUGAGUUGUGUCACUCCACGUUUUCAGCCAUGUUUCCAUUGGUAUUUGGUGCUUUUGGGGAUUGGGCGCAAGACGUAAUUGACAUUGUCGAGCAUGCUGACUGUGAAAGAAGAUUGGGAUCACUUUAUUCGCAUUCGGCAUCUUUUGUUGGGCCUUCUUUCCUCACGGAUUGCAGAAAGUGUCGAGGAAUUUGGGCGAUUCAGAGAUGAUAGGCAGGA